AUGUCUGACCGGAUCUUCUAUAUUAACUCUAAUAUGUCCUCUGUCCCCUGGGAGAGCAGUGCAACAGCAAUGCCUCCCACACCACCUCCUGCACCUCAUUACUACCAUGUCCUCUACCAAGGGUGUGGAGAAACCCAGAUGUGCUGGCAUGGUGAGACAUACUGCCUGGUGGGCGGCUACCGGGUCUAUGGGGAUGCUCCCACGGCCACCCCAACAAAGGCCAAAGCAGAGAAGCCAGCACCCAGGAAGGCUCCCAAGAGACGUCGACCUCCAACAGAGUCAGAUGAUGACCUAGGGUGCUCUAGCCCCAAAAUUCGUCACUUAAACCAUGGCGGCAGGAGGCUGAUGACCCAACAGAAGCAUGCUGGUUGAGCUGCUCUGUUGAGAGGACAAGCAUUUAACUGCCUAAGACAGCUAACACCACUUCGGCAGUUACCUCCACAGCCCAGCCCCCUAUAGACAGAACAGGAGCCAUUCUGCCUGAGCCCGCCUCAGCUAGGAGCCUCCUUCUAUACCAAUAACUCACAAGCAAGGACUCAGAAACUGAGGUUUAAAAGGCCUCUUUGAACACCCCGAGGCUGAAGCUGGCCCGG